GAAGAACGCAGUGGCAACAACCAGCUGAGAGAUCAUAUUAUUAGCGCGAGAGACGCUGCCAGGCAGUGCUACUCCGACUGUCUACCUUGUCCCUGCCACGCCGUAUCACGGGUCGUACAGUCGAACCGGAAGCAUUUUCCUACAGUCACACUCAUUUAGGUACGGUUAUUGACUAUGCAGCCACUCGCACCGGCAGGCGAACCCCCUGCCACGACGACAUCAAUAAAUUUAGGGAUCUGGAGGCGAACAAAGUCGACACGGGCAUGCGACAAAUGCCGCUCCUUGCGGAAUGUGACGGCGCAAAGCCCUGCAGCAGUUGCACGAGCCUGCGCGUCCAAUGCGAGUACUCCAAGGUCGACGGCCGCAGUAAGGAGGAGUUCAAAGCGCGCAUCGGGGCCCUGGAGAAACGGAACCAGUAUCUCGAGGAGCAGAUUGAACAUCUCAAGUGCAACCAAGGCGCGGGGCAAAAUGAUACGUUGAAACGCAAGAGACCCUUACGCGAGGAACCGUCCCCUGCAGAUGUCCAGGAGCCAAGGCUUCGUAGUGCUUUUGCUUCGGCCAGCGCAGCAGGGCAACAGCCCGACAAACAGGCCGACAAAGUCGACCAAGUGGACGACCAUGGCCUCGAGCACAUGUUCUUCGCAGCAACCGCAAACCACCCUCUAUUCAACUCACUGAAUCCACUAUCCAGCUCCAGCGACAGAAAGAUGCGCGAUCAGCUACCGGACGAGAACCUCACACGCUAUGCCCUGGAUGCAUUCUUCCAAUGCGCCGCGACACUAUUCUACGUGACGACCGAGGACAACGCGACGCGGCUUCUGGACAAGGUCUACCACACAGACGACGCUUCGAUCCUCGAUAUCUGCGAGCUCUCGGCGCUCGCCGCAAUCGGGAGCUACUACAUCAUUGACAAAGUCGACGAUGCUGCGCGGGCACGGUAUUUCUUUCUCGCAACGACGAAUCUGAAUGAGGCGGUUCAGGCGUACGAUAUCCAGGGCUUGAGGAUUUUUAUAUGUCUGUGUAUGAGUUGCAUUAUGGAUAAGAGUUUGAGUGCCAGGUUGUUGGUUAUGUCUGGGUUGAAUCUUGCCAGGGCACGCACAGAGGCGGAGACUAAAAGGACUGAUUCGAAUAGGCAGGAUGUGCUGGAGUAUAGGCGGACACUGCAGACGGUGCUAUUCUUUGAAGGAUGGCUGUCCUGGUCCCUGGGCUACCGAAAUUGCCUAAAAGAAAGCGAACUCAACCUGGUCCGCGAAAACAUCCCCCAGAGGACAGAUUUUAGCGACUUCAAAGCCUUCACCACCUGCCUAAUCCAAUACCACAUGACCAAGCUCGCCUUGAUCGGCUCCGAGAUUCAAAACGAAAUCAUCUCCUCCCCACAAGACUACUGGAGCCACGCGGACCCACUGUCCGUGAAACUAGACCUGUGGUACCAGGAGCUCCCACCGGAACUGCAUCUGGCGGCGCUGAGCAGGCUCGAGGAGGAGAAGACAGUGACGGAGCUGCAGAAGAGGGGCACGUACAUGAUGCAUCUGCUCUAUAUUGAUUCGCGGCUGCAGUUGUGCUGUCAGCUGCUUAAUGCGGCGCAGAUGACGUGGCGCUCGGAUCCGGAUCCGUUUUUUCUUCAGACGCUCUGUAGGCAGGUCCCGGAGGCGUUUUUUGAUACCCAUACGGGGUUUGCGAUUCAGUUGGCGAAGAUCCUGCGUUUGAUGUUCACGAACCAGGCUAUCAUGACACGAUGCUGGGUUGUCAUGCGCUCCGCAUUCGACACCUGCAUCGUCCUCCUCCUCGGCGUGUGUCGCAAAUACUUUACAGCCUCGGGAACAUGGGAUCUGUCCGAGAUCCUCAGCCACGUGGACACCUGUUUCCAGGUGCUGUGUUUCUGUGCGAGUCAUGAUGUCGCUGCCAAGCGCCUGCGCGAUCUAAUUGGGCCUGUGCAUGCGCAGCUUAGACGCAUGAGUUCGAGAGCUAGUGGUAGGACUGGAGACGUGUCUGGGGAUAUUUUGAGAAUUAUGGAACAGCAAGAACAACAGCAGCAGGAGCAGGAUCAAGAGCAGGAUCAGCGCUUGGAAGAGACAGACGGAAACAAGAUGAUGAUAGGGUACUUGUUGGAUGGGAAAGCGAGCGAGGCGCUGACGCUUGUCGGCAUGACGCAUAAUUUGCUGAAGUAUAUGCCGCCGCAUAAGUGGGAUAUAUGGAUCUAGCUAGCUACGUCUUGUUUGAUGCCGCGCGCGCGCGACUUGAUCUGACGAUUUUGUCUCGUAUUCCACUUGUAACUACCUAGUUGUUUUGGCUACUAGUCCCGGUUCAUGUCGCGCAAAAAAGAAAAGAGCCACUUCAAGAGAGGAAGCAGCGAAUCCCUGAACUUGUCCUGCCUCAGGAGGGCCUUAUCACGAAAGUCUACUUAUACUUUCAAGUGCACUUUGGAAAAGCUGUGAUUGUGCCUCACUGCCAAAAAGGCAACUGGCUUUUCCGGAGUCGUAUAUCCAGGAAGCCAC